AGCCUACUAGUGGCUUUGCAGUUUGCACAGAAAGUGUAUAUAUAGGUAUAGUAGCAUGAUAUGGUGGGUGGAUAUAUUUUGCACUCUCGCCACUUCUUAGUAUAGGUUAGGUUAGGAUAAGUAAAUAAGAUUACGGACAACUCUCGCAUAUAUACCGUGCAUAUCAUGAAAUUAUAGUGAAAACAGUUUAUGGCAAAAGAAACUAUUUGUUAAAUAAUCCCGUCAUGUUUGGCAAUAAAAAAAAUACUUUGCCACCGAGACCCAAACCUCCGGCUAUUGAAGAAAUUUUGGAGGAUUUAACAAAUUCAGAAAAUAAAGAUGAUGUGGCCUUUAAACUUUUGGCUCGAGAAUCAGCAUACAAUGACAGCAAUGCUAUAACAGCAGAAUUAAAUGAUUUAAACAAUGUGUAUGAAAAAGUUAAAACCUACCUUGAUGUCAACAAAGAGUUAAAAAUAUUGAGAGAUUCUAUAAAUGAAAAUGAAGAGCAACUGCAGUCUAACGUGAAAGAUAUGAUUCAAUUAACAGAAAAUAUUAAAGAACAAGCUCAGGCAGCUUUAGUCCAAUAAGUGAUAUUUUUGGUUUUGUUAUAAGAUAAUUGUUAUUUAAGUUAAUUGGGUUAUUUUUAAUUAAAACCAUUUUUUGUAAAUAUGAAACAAAAAUAAAGUAAAAUGGUACGGUUAAAAUGAAUACUAGUAUAAUAAACAUCAAUAAAUCCAUUUUAUUUUUCAUCAUCAACAUAUAAACUUUCAUUAUAAUCUAUAAUCCAAAAAUAAUUGUUAUAAAACUACAAUUAAGUUAAUCAUGUCAAGGGACAUGAUGUAAAUCGUGUGGCAGGUUAUCAAAUCGCAGAGCUGGAUCGGAUAGGUAAGCACACCAUGUGAAGCCUGGAGGGUAGCCUGUAAAGUUGUAUUUUAUUGAAUUAUAAAUUUCUCAAGCAAAGCAAAUAGAAAUAACACAAUUCAUAGUAAGUUUUUAUAUUGUUUGUACUUAUUUAUUUUUUUGUAAACUUCAAGUUCUUUGAAAUACUCACACAUAUUCAAAACCCAUAUAACUCUUAUGCAUUCAAACUGUGUAGAUUGUAGAGAAAUGAAAGUUGUGCCACCUUCUUUGUCCAGCUGCGUGCAAUUGAUUGUUAGUUAAACUUUAUAUGAUAUGAGUAUUGGUUAGACGGGAAGUGAGAAGCCAGAAUUUUGCAUACCAAAUAUACUUAAUUUUUAUUUAGUAAA